UGUACUGAAUAUAUAAGUCGGUUACUUAACCUCCUCAUUCACUGGCAAUCAGUGGCAUGAGUCUAGUUAAUAUUGGGCGCCACCGGGGUGCCUGGUAUUUCAAAACCGUUCCGUUUCGUUGUCUGCACUUUAACCUUAUUUAACCCACGGUAAUUGAAUUAAUGGGGAGAAGCGGCGGGCCCCUCGAAAGGGAACAGGAAGGGAUUCUCCUUUAGCCCCCCUUCCCGAGAAUCAGAUAAUACCGUGGAGUAGGCUGGCUUUGAUGUUCGAAGUUCGCUGCUUCUUUUUAUUCCCAUUCGCAAGAAGGACGCACACUCCUGCCUCUUGUAUUCGCAGUAAAAGCUGACGAAUUGGCAAACCGGGAAAAAAUGCCCAGUAAGCAGAGUCCUAGAGUUGAAUAUCUGCACAUUGUAUUACUGCGGACCAGGAGAAUCUCUUUCGCCUGCUGAAUCAUACGGAUCACCUGUUUUUUUCCGCCUGUUGUCUUUUUCGUUUAUAUAUUGCCGAAAGAAGGACGUUACGUUUUUCCAAAAGGAGGCGGCAUCCUUCACUUUGCAUCAUUUUUCUUUUUUUUUGCGAGAACCAUCAGAGCGGCACCUUGGCGGCGGGAAUAUUAAAAGAAAUUGACGAGGACACGCGGAACCUGUAGGGAGCGGGGAUGGACGAUGGGAUGCCCUUCCUCUCAACAAUGAAAAGUAUUUUGGCCAUUGUCUGUCUGGUUAGCUUUAACUGCCAGAUAAGUCUUUCGCAGACCACAGCAGGAACCCUGAAAGAGUCCGAAACAAAUGACAACAUCACGAUAUUCACUAGGAUUUUGGACAGGCUGCUGGACGGUUAUGAUAACCGACUACGCCCUGGACUGGGAGAGAAAGUAACGGAGAUCAAGACGAACAUCUUUGUCACUAGUUUCGGCCCGGUUUCAGAUACCGAAAUGGAAUACACGAUAGACGUGUUUUUCCGGCAAAGCUGGAAAGACGAGCGGCUUCGUUUCAAAGGUCCGAUGGAGAUGCUUGCCCUGAACAACCUUCUGGCCAGCAACAUCUGGACGCCCGACACCUUUUUCCUCAACGGCAAGAAAUCCAUCGCACACAACAUGACUACUCCGAAUAAGUUACUGCGUCUGAAGGACGACGGGACGCUCCUGUACACCAUGAGGUUGACCAUAUCAGCGGAGUGUCCCAUGCAGUUAGAAGAUUUCCCCAUGGACGCUCAUGCCUGCCCCCUGAAGUUCGGGAGCUACGCCUAUCCGGUCUCGGAGGUGGUAUAUACCUGGACACUGGGAGCAGCCAAGUCUGUGGUGGUGGCCGAGGACGGCUCCCGACUAAACCAGUACCACCUUCUCGGGCAGACUGCCGGCACCGAGGAGAUCUUCACUAGCCGGGGUAGGCUCCUGCCGUCUGUCUUCACUAGCCGGGGUCGGCUCCUGUUGGCCGUCUUCACUAGCCGGGGUCGACUCCUGUUGGCCGUCUUCACUAGCCGGGGUCGGCUCCUGUUGGCCGUCUUCACUAGCCGGGGUCGACUCCUGUUGGCCGUCUUCACUAGCCGGGGUCGGCUCUGUGGCCGUUGGUGUCCGGCCACGAGUCACACCACGAGUCAUAUUCGCUUCUACUGUACAUGUGCUCUCGCCCUCCAAAGUUUUAUUGUGACUGUAAUCAUAUUAAUUGAGGCAUGUUUGUUUGCUCUGUAAUUCAUCUGCUUCUCUGAAAGACAACAGCCCAGCAGCAGAAUCCAAAGGAAUGUUUUUCAAUCCAGCCAGAUGAAGACAGUAAUUAAAUCUCCAGGAUUUGAGAACAAGAGAGCCCACACAUUGCCGGGGGGGGCACGCUUAUCCCAGCCUUCAGCUAUCAGGACUCUGUGUUAAUCCAAGCAAAAAAUUCUAAUCGUUUGUACAUUUUGAGAGUGAUGUCACUGGCUCAGGACUGGAUAACACUACCGUCAUACAAGGCAUCUGCUCUGUUCUCUUACAUAAAGCAGUGCUGCAUUACCUUCCUGCUGCAUUACCUUCCUGCUGUAAGGUUAUGAAUGCAUGGGGAGCAUCAGGCUACGUGUGUGGUCUGCUGCUUAGGAGAGAACUGGAGCACGAGAGACUCCAGAAAAGCCUACCCACGAUUCCCUGGACUGUUUACAUUUUUCAAUCCCAGGUGGGCAGCUGCCUUCGCAGGAUUGUUCUGCGUUCCCUCAUUAUGUCACCCCCCCACCACCACAGCGAUUGUGGGCUUGGCUUUAAUUAGUUUAAUCUGCGGUGCAAACCUUCUGUGCCAACUUCAAGAAUAGAUCGAUCAGAAACUGACAACUGAGGAAAGCUGGCACAGGUUGGCUAUUUUCAGCAAAUCUGACGGUGGGAUCUACUUUCCAGACUAUAUAUAAAACGGAUUAAAGCAGAGACCUCUUCAUUACUGAUGUAGCUCACUGCCUCCCAUUGACAGAGUGCUGCUGGUAGAACUGGCCCAGCACCUAAACUGCAGGUCACACAGCCAGGACGGCGCCCUUCAAGCAUUCGCCAUGACCGACCCCGAGCAUCGGCCUCACUUACCAGUUCACCAGCAUUGCCGCAUUGUUCUCAGAGAUGAACGGAAGCUCCCCGUGGCUGCUGCAGAUCCCCAGCAGGAAAACCCACCAGAUGGGCAUGCUGGACCUUCCCGUGGUGGCCGGCGUUCGACAGCGCGUGACCCAGGCUCAGGAAGCAGGUCCCGGGGGAGGGCAAGGGAAGCGAGGGCUAGUCAUUGCCACCGGGGGGAGGGACACAUGGUCGAAGAAGACAUGAGUGCCAGGCAGCCCAAACAAACUAAAAAGUGUCACAAGUUUCCCUGCUGGACCUCAUCCUUCAAUCUCAGGGGAGGAACUACGUGUGAAGUUUCCCCUGUCAGAGGCGGCUCCAGGCAAAUGAG